AUGUCGGCUCACGCCCGUGCGCGUGACAAUGUCCACGGUGUCAACGUGAAGCUGCACCCGCGAUACCAAAUCACACGCCCCCAAUUCAAUCGUCAGCUGUAUGACAAGGUUGCGCGUGCGGGAGACCUGCUUCACAUUGAGUACCGGUUUGACACGGAGCGGAGAGUCCUGGAGAGUCUGCGCAAGGCCGCUGAACACCGCCGCGCCGCUCAACUCCUCAAGCCCGUCCGGGUGCAGCGGGCGAGAGAAGAGGCAUCAGCACCUGCACCAAUAACACAGAGCAACGACAAUGAUGACGGUGAUGGUGGUGUUGAUGAAGGCGAAGACAACCAAACGCCGCAACAACAACAACAACAACAACAACAACAACAACAACAACAACAACAACAACAACAACAACAACAACAACAACAACAACAACAACAGCAACAACAACAACAACAACAACAAUCACUCGUCUCCCACACCAAACCAGCAGCAACAAUCACACGCGACGACGACGACAACACCACCGCUGGUGAUGAUGGGGAUGGUGCUGUUGAUGGUCACAGUCAUCGUGGCGUCCUGCGUGAGCGUGAGCGUGAGCGUGAGAAUGCCGACACCAGCAGUGGUCAUACCACCAACCACAACAGCACUGGCGAUGAUCAUGAUCAUGGUGAUGAUCAUUAUAAUGGUGAUGAUGAUGGUGAUGAUGAUGGUGAUGGUGGUAAUGGGAAUAGCAACGAUGGCGGGUUGCUCCGGGCGGCAAUUGACAAUGACGAGUUUGAUGCAGAGUUCUUCGCACCGCAAGAGCAGCAGCAGCAUGGGAGUAGGGAAGGUAGCAACGGUAGUGCGGAUGCUACCACAGCAACGGCGGCAGAGGCCGUGCAAACGACGACGGGAGACGACGCGAGUGAGCACAGCGGGCAGGAUGGCGGCUACGCCGUGUUGGCAGAGGUGCUGGGCAGCAGCACAUGGGUCCACCAACUCGAGCAGCCGCAGGUGGCCCAGCCACGUGACCAGUGCACGACAACGACAGCAACAGCAACAACAGCAGCCACGACAACAGCAGCAACUGUCGAACAGCCGGAGGUGCUUCGCGCCAUCAGUCCCUGUGUUGCUGUGCUGCCAGUGUCAUCGUCGUCGUCAUCGUCGUCAGCAUCCACUUCACCGCCCUCGCCCCCGCCGCCAACACAAGGAGGCAGCUGCGGGGCCACAACAACCACGACCGCCCAGAUCACAGGAGCUGCGCAGGGCGAAGCAGACACCACGGACCAAACAUCAGCAUUAGUUACAACGACACUCCCAGCGAUGGCACCAGCAGAACAGUCAGCAACAACAGAGAACGCUGUCUCAUCAUCAGAGAACACAGCAUCCCAGCAGCCGCAAUCAGCGGCUGACAAGACAGCGCUGGGCGUGGUGUCAACAGCAAUGAAGACGCCAGCACCACCAGUGACCACAUCAUCAUCAUCAUCAUCAUCAUCACCGCCAUCGUCACUGCCGGGUGUUGGCGAUGCAGCAACGCCAGACCUGUUGCUGUCAGAGGCAGAGGAAGAGGAAGAGGAAGAGAAGGCGGCGGCAGUUAAGGGGGCGAAGCGGCAGGGGCAGGGUGCCAGCGAGAGAAAGCGUGGUGGCCAGCAAGUGAACGUGGCGAGCGUACGCGCAUCACAGCAGUUGCAGUCGCUGUCGUUGGCGGAAUUCGAGAACUUGACGUCGACGCCGUUUGAGGAGGCGACGCUUCAGGCGCUCAACACACACGACGUGCUGCUCUCUCUCUUGCAGCCCACACACACCCGCACACAAGCGCACUCACACGCACAAGCGCACUCGCACGCUGCAGCCAAGGAGGAGGUUGGGGGCGGCGUGGCAGAGUAUGGGGCGGUCUCUGGCGCGGGGUUAACGGCGCUCGUGUCCCUGGACGACGAUGGCGACAGCAGUGAUGACAAAGAUGUCCGUGGUGGUGGUGGUAACGAUCGUGAUGGUGCUGGCAAUGGUGAGAGCGAGGAGGCAAAGGCAACACCUGUGAUGGAUGGGCGGAAUGCGAUGGCUGGGGACAGGUCGGACGCAUCGCUGCAUCCUCCACAGCCACCGCAUGCAUCACAGCACAGCAUCGAUGAUGCUGGCAGUGGCAUGCUGGUGGACUUGGACGCAGAUGGACAAGCGAGCCACCGGCAGUCUGCACGUUGUCCUCCACCGCCACCACCAUCAUCAUCAUCAUCAUCACCCCACCAUGUUAAGCACCACCAUGAUCACCACCUCUCGCAGCAUCAACACCAUGAUAGCCACGAUGGCCACCACAACGAUCAUCACCAUCACCAUCAUGACGGCCUGGGUCGGGCGUCAUCACGGGACCGGUUCGACUCAAUGUCGGCUGCGCUCGAGCGGCUGGAGCAGCAGCACCACCACAGCCACCGUCACGGUGGUCAUGGUGGCCACCACCAUGUAGCAGCACACCAUGCACGGCAGCAGCAGCAGCAUCAGCAGCAACCGUGUCAUUACUCGGCGUCGUCCCGUGUUCCUGGACAGGCAGCGGCCCCGGCAACGGAGAGGUCGUCCGCAGAAACGGACUGGAGCGCCAUGGGAUUCGAUGCAACAUUAGCAGGGGCGGCCGUGGAGCACUACAAGCAAGACAUGAACAAGGUUAUGGAUGUGUUGCUCCGAGCGGCCGACCUGAAAUUGUCGUCGCACCGGCCAGCAGAACACGUGCUCGCAGUCCUUGACGGCUGCGACGACAACACGCGCGUGCCCGCAUACCUCAAGCACAUGCACACGCUGGCGGACAUGGGGCUGUGCGGCGAUUCGGAUGCUGCUGUUGCUGCGCUGGUUGCUGCCGAUGGCGAUGUCGCCAGUGCCGUUGAUCACCUCAUGUCGGCCGCAUCUGCAUCGUCAACAUCGUCGUCGUAG